GCGACGCCUUCAUCUUGCCAGGGAUCUCGCUGGGUAACUUGCUCCAGAGAACUAGCACCAUGGCGUCCGGCUGCAAGAUUGGUCCGUCCAUCCUCAACAGCGACCUGGCCAGUUUAGGGGCCGAGUGCCUUCGUAUGCUGGACUCUGGGGCCGAUUAUCUGCACCUGGAUGCACCCUGCUCUUCAGGGAGGCAUUUUGUUCCCAACAUCACCUUUGGUCACCCUGUGGUAGAAAGCCUCCGAAAGCAGCUAGGCCAGGACCCUUUCUUUGACAUGCACAUGAUGGUGUCCAGGCCAGAACAGUGGGUAAAACCAAUGGCUGUAGCAGGAGCCAAUCAAUAUACUUUUCAUCUCGAGGCUACUGAGAACCCGGGGGCUUUGAUCAAAGACAUUCGGGAGAAUGGAAUGAAGGUUGGCCUUGCUAUCAAACCAGGAACUACAGUUGAGUAUUUGGCACCAUGGGCUAAUCAGAUAGAUAUGGCCUUGGUUAUGACAGUGGAACCUGGGUUUGGAGGGCAGAAAUUCAUGGACGAUAUGAUGCCAAAGGUUCACUGGUUGAGGACCCAGUUCCCGUCUUUGGACAUUGAGGUUGAUGGUGGAGUAGGUCCUGACACCAUCCAUAAAUGCGCAGAGGCAGGAGCUAACAUGAUUGUAUCUGGCAGUGCCAUUAUGAGGAGUGAAGACCCCAGAUCUGUGAUCAACCUGUUAAGAAAUGUUUGCUCAGAAGCUGCUCAGAAACGUUCUCUCGAUCGAUGAAACCACAAGGAGUCCAGUGUUUCUGCUUAUGAGAUCUCCUUUUUACUGGAAAACAAGAAUACUGACUACCAAAUCGUACCACAGUUGAGGCAGUGCUGCUUUUCUGAGCAAUUAUUCAUUCCAGUGACUAAAAUCCAUUUUGCAGAAUGUUCCAAGAGGUUAGAAAUUGGUGUGUAUUAUGUUUUCAGUGAUGGAAUUUAAAGAUUAGUGUGGUAAAAUACCAUUUUUACUGGGAGACUUGAUUUUUAUAAAGAGUAAAAAUAUGGCUGUAUCAAGGUUAUGAACAGAAAUGUGUCUUAAUGCCUAAGGAAGGCAUAUUAGCUACUAUGAAAAAAAUUUUUUUUCUGAAUUUCUAAAAAGAAUUUUCUUUGCUUCUUGGCUUUUCUGAAAGCAAAGGAAGUUCUGUUUUUCCUGUUUCAUGUCAUUUUUGAUUUGUGUAUUUGUGUGAUAACUAAGUUUGGAUCUGGCUGGGAUGGCUCUUCUAGCUUCAAAAACAUCUAUUUUUUACUUUGCACCUUAUAUUUGAUACAUAAAAAAAACAAUGUAUUAUGAAGUCCAGGGAUUUUCAGGUGGUCUGUUGUAAAACGCAAGCACAAGUUUUAUCAGGGUGUUUUCUUUUGUUAGCUUUGCUAUAGCGGCAGGUUAUUCAGUGGUUCUUCCCCCACCCCCUACCCACCCCCCACCAACCCCAUUUCCCCUUUUUCUUAAUCACACCCGCUACUCUUAAGGACAUAAAAUGUUUUCCUAGCUCUAUGCUAAAAGGAAAGGAAGGCCUCCAUUUGGAAGUAAUAUUAAGUUGAAUCCUGACUCUCUUCCCCUUUCUAUUUGUUUGACCUUAGCAAACCAAUCCAGCCAACCUCUUUGAGCUGAUUAUUAACUGAUUUAUAUAUUGAAUGUAAUCAUAACAACAGUGGGGGGUUGUGUUGAGGAUUAAGAGAUACUAUUAAUUAUAUACGUAAAGCUUCCACUACUAUUCCUAGAAUUGUAGGGUAGUAGAAUUUGAGGAUGCUCAGUACAAAGUAGCUGUCAUUAUGUAAAUGUAUGCUUUGUAGAUUAUAAAGUAUGUUGAUGAUAUAAUCUCAUUAAACCUACAAAUCAGUCCUAUGAAUGGUAAGACAGGUAUGUCUGUCCCCAUUUAAAAAAUGAAGAUACUAAAUAAAGCUCAACAGGCUGGUACCAUGGAAAGGAUCCAGUAAAGAA